GCCUCCCUGUUUUGUGUUUCUAAAGCCUGAUGCCAAUGUCACCGCUGCACGUAACGGUUACGUAAAACCCUACACCCCCAACACCAAGGGUUUAUCGCUCCGAACUUUCCCUAAUAAACACUACUGCUCUCUGACCCAUGAAUCGAUUCAACCUCGCUUUUCAUUUCUCUGAUUCUUCAAAGCUUUGUCGCUGUCGCGUCCCACGCCACUGUUCUAUUCUCUUAUAACCAACAAUUAGCUUCAAAUGGGCAGAUUCAAUCCCUUAGGGUUUGCCCCCAAUUCUUUGUUGCGUAAUCGGCUGUUUCGCUGGCAUUUCCUAUCGCCGGUGAGUAUAAAAUCACCAUUUGAUCAAGGAGACUUGAAAGGGAUUGUCUCAACUUUUCAACGAGCAUUGCUUCACCGUCGCAAUUUCUAUAAUUGCAGUUUUUUUGAAAAGCAUGCUGAUUUUACGACCACGAGAAUGCUGCAAAUGAAGCGUUUUAUUCAUGCCACAGGAUGUUGUUACUACCCAGAGCAAGAUUAUUAUGAAAUUCUUGGUGUUUCCAAAGAUGCAAGUCGAGAUGAGAUUAAGAAGGCUUUUCAUGCACUUGCUAAGAAGUACCACCCGGAUGCAAAUAAGAACAAUCCUUCUGCAAAGAGAAAAUUUCAAGAGAUAAGAAAUGCUUAUGAGACUUUGCAAGAUUCCGAAAAGAGAGUGCAAUAUGAUAGGGAGCGCUAUAGGAGUUCAGAGGAUGUAAAAUAUUCAGCUAAUGAUGCAGAGGGGUUUAGAUAUGCUUAUAGAACUCAUUUCUCUGAUUCAUUCCACAAAAUUUUCUCCGAGAUUUUUGAAAAUGAGGCUGAGAAUUUUGCAGCUGAUAUUCAGGUGGAGCUGUCACUCUCAUUUGCUGAAGCUGCUAAGGGAUGCACAAAGCACCUGUCUUUUGAUGCAAGUGUUCCUUGUGAUUCUUGCAAUGGUCUUGGUCACCCACUUAACACCAAGGCAAAGAUUUGUCCAACUUGUGAAGGCUUUGGGAGAGUUACAAUUCCUCCAUUCUCGGCAACAUGCGGUACUUGUAAGGGCUCAGGCCGAGUCAUCAAGGAAAACUGCAGGGCAUGCAGCGGAUCAGGCAUGGUUGAAGGAGUCAAGGAGGUUAAAGUUACAAUACCGGCAGGUGUGGAUUCUGGGGAUACAAUCCGUGUUCCAAAAGCUGGUAAUGCUGGAAGACAAGGAACUCAACCUGGCAGCCUACACAUAAAACUAAAGGUGGCUGAAGAUCCUAUUUUUGCUAGGGAUGGUGCAGAUGUGUAUGUGGAUUCUAAUAUUAGCUUUACGCAAGCUAUUCUUGGUGGUAAGGUGGAGGUACCAACAUUGUUCGGUAAAAUGCAAGUGAAAAUACCAAAGGGGGUUCAACAUGGACAUCUUACAGUGCUGAGAGGCAAAGGCUUGCCCAAGCAUGGGAUUCUUGUAGACCACGGAGAUCAGUAUGUGCGCUUCCGCGUCAACUUUCCUACGAAUAAAGAAAAAAAAUAUUUUCUGAUGGUUACUGGAGUUCAAUAUCCAUUUUGCUUAGUAUUUGUGGACCACUAUAUACAGUUAUGCUUGGAAACUGCAAGAAAACUGUCUCCUAGACAAAUGAUGAUUCAAGCUGCUCUUUUUUUAUUUUAUUUUUUUGUUUUAGAUGCUGAAGUCCGAUUACGAAGGUGUGCUUUUUUUUUUUUUUUUUUUUGGCCAGAAAACAUGAGAAAAUCAAGGUAAUUGUCUCAAAAACUUUCUCUCUCUACUAAAUUUUUUUUAUUCAAACCAAAUGUUAUAAUAAUGCAGAAUUGUUCAUUUGUACCUCGAAAAAUUUCUAGGAUCUUUUCCCAUACAGGUGUUUAGAAAUUGUUAUAAUGGUAAUGGGUUUUGGUUAAUAACUUUAGUUUUUAUUUACAGAUUGGGCGUAAUGGGUGACAUGACAAAGUUCAGUCAGUUUUGAAAUUCUGAUUAAGGAAUGAAUAAUCUGAUAACAAAAUUGAAUGGGGGAUGCAGAAUUGUCAAUAUUGAAGGCUACAGCCAGUUAUUAGGGCAGCAAUAAGUAUUGCUUGUCAGAUUUCCUGAUGAUUCAGUAGAUAUUAUGUGUUAAAAAAUGUGAACAGCUGACUACAAACAUUUAAUUUUCAGAUUGGUUAUUUGUCUAGAAACUGAUUUUGAGCUUGAUUUCCAUGCUUUUCUGCUAAGAAUAUGACUACAAGCCCCUGCAGGUUUUGUUAAAGAUAAUAAUUCACAAAAGAUAGGCCACGAAUGAUAGGAUCAUUGUCAGUGUAAUCCAUACUGCCCGCAUAUUAUUAGUCAAUUUUUAUUUGUAUUUUACUCUUUAAACUGUUAUAUGAGUGGUUUUUUAGAGUGCUUAAAAGUUAGAAAUUUGAAGAUCAAGUUUUGGCAGAUCUUCCAACUUACCUUUUAUAGGAUACUGAUACUGCUAAAUCAUCACAUGUUUCUGGUAGUAUGAUUAGCCUUCCUCUUUAUACUGGUGCAAGAAUCUUUGAAUGACCAUGACCAAGUUGUGUAGUCAAGCCAGAGAGCUUGCUUCUAUUUUGGAGCCGAAUUUGAAUAACAUGGACGGAAACGAAGGGGUGCUUGAACAUGACCAAUGUUCUUUAACCUAAGCUGAGGGCCUGAUGCAGGCUUUGCCUUUUCUCUUUUUCCUCUUAUACGUUUUCCUGUGGCAAGUAUGAGAUUUUUUAUUUUCCCCAAUUUGUUACCGAAAAACAAUUUAUUGAAAGUUCAUAUUCUCUUCCCUUGGCAUCUUUGUUCAUUAUUUGGAUGCUGAUCACAUGAUUUUACUAAGAGAAUCCUUUUUACCAUUUCACUAACACAAAAACUGGACGAUUGUCCCUGCAUAAUGGCUAUUGCCAAACCCAGCAUUGUGUCAUCAGUAAUAGUGCUGCAAAAUUUAUCUUCAUUAUUUUACU